UUAUAUAUGCUAGAAUGCUGGAUUGUUGAUAGGAUUGUUAUAAAUUUAUGUUUUCCUUCUUGAGCUGCGUUGUGAUCAAUGUUCUGAAAAUCAGACCAGAUUGACCGAUCAAAUCAGUCUGACCGUAAACCGAUUGCUUAGGCGGUUUGGGUUAUUAGUAGAAACCGGAUACAAAUUGCUGAACUGGUCGGGAACCAGCCGGCAAAAUGGGACUGGGACCCGGUCGGUUUACAGGAAACGACGCCGUUUCCUUUGUUGAACGGAAAAAAGGGAUUGCACGCUUUUGGCUCCCCCUUUCCAACUCCUUCCUUAGUCAUCAGCAAAAUGCCCUAGCCUCCACCAAAGAAAGCAAACCCUAGCCUCCACCAAUAUUGUCGCCGUCUGUCGGAGUGAGAGACUGCUGCUGCCGCAUCCGUCGCACUCAAGAACUUUCGUCUUCGUGCUAUCGGCGUUCGUUACUUCGCCCCCACCAUCCUCUGUUCGCUCUCAUCAGUCAUCUGUUCGCUCUCCAUUCCCUGUUCGCUCUCAUCAGUCGCCUUUUCGCCGUCGUCCGUUGCGCUCAACCCCUCUCCGUCGUCGUCAAUGCUCACUGCUAGUGCCUGUUCAUCGUGUUUUUUUAUUGUCUGUUCAGAAACCAAACCCUCUUCAUGCUUGUUCCCCGAUGUUGGCAUCGCCACUACUGCUGGAACUCACAAAUUGUCAGCCUUAGAUGAAGAAGCCAAUGCUAUGCAUUCAAUUAGUAAAGAGUUGUGGAGUAACCAACAUAAUAAUGUCUCAAACCGUUGCAACUGGCCCGGAGUCAACUGCAACAAAGCUGGAAGUAUAACAUUGCUUUCACCUCCAACUCCAAGUAAUUUCACCGACGAGUUCAGGACACAACUCUGCUCUUUGAAACUAAACUUUUCAGUGUUUCAAAAUCUAGUCCAUCUAGAUCUCAGUGAAAUGGGGUUAUGUGAGUUCCCUAAACUAAGUGGUCUUAAGAAGCUACAACAUCUCAACCUAUCAUACAACUAUUUUGAAGGUGAGCUUCCUUUUACAUUAUUGGACAAUCUAACUCAACUUGUGGUGUUGGACAUUUCUAACAAUUAUAUUAGUGGUACAAUUCCACAAGAACUAAGCAAGCUGGAGAGACUUGUCAUGUUGGACUUGAGUGCCAACAGCUUCGAUGGAAGCAUUCCAUUGAUCUUGGGUCAAAUGAACAGCCUCACACACAUGAAACUUUCCAAUAAUCUCCUGUAUGGGGAUCUUCCUUUCACACUGGCAAAUCUAACUCAACUUCUUGUGUUGGACCUUUCCCAAAACAAACUUAGACAAGGCUUCAAUGAAUUUUUCUUUUUACGAUGUCUCAAUCUACCAAUUGAUGCAAUAGCAUGUACAUGUCAUAUGAUUGUAUUUUAG